AUGGGACUUUGUCAACUGCCAUUUGAUUUGGUAUUGGGUAUUGGUAGUCUUGUGUUGUCACUUCUUGGUAUAAGAGGAUUAUGGAAACGUAAGAAAAACUAUCUCUUUGUCUUUUUAUGGGCCUGCGUUGCCAUGACAUUCCUUCAUGUCAUUUCUCUAUCCGUUGUCAUCAUUCUACAUCACACCAAACAAAAGGAUUCAAGAUUUGGUUAUAUUCCUGAUAUUAUUUUAGAUGUCUUUAGAACUGCCUAUUGUCUUGGCCUUUCAUUCUAUACAGCAUAUAUAAGAAACACAUUGGAAUAUAAGAGACCACCAGCACAAUUGGCUCGUAUUUAA